CAAAGACAUUUAAUAGCGAUGGGGUUCCACGUGACCCCAGAGAAGGCGAUCAGGUUCACGAAAUACAGCGUGGCAUUGGUGUUUACCUGGCCACCUUCGCUUCUGGCGACCAAAGCUCAACUUGCAUUCUUCAAUAUAAUGUGGUACGUCUCAUUCUUUAGCUCGCUGGUACUGCUCUUGCCACUGUUAGGAUCAAUUUUUGAGUACGGUAAAGAGCCCAUAAUUCUUGGAAAAACAGUGAGUCUUUUCUCGGCUGUCGCCCAGGUGGUGAUUAAAAUGGCAGUUUGCCGCGUGCAGCAGAAACGAUUUCAAGCCCUGUUCUUCGACCUGGAGGACUUCUGCAAGCGCGCCACCAAGGAAGAGAGAAUCGUCCUUCAACGCUACGUGGACAGAUACAAAUGCUUCCAUGGGGUUUACAUAUUCUGGUGUUUCAUUACCACAGCGUUCGUUAUAGCUGGCCCGCUGUACACGCCGCAGACGUUUCCUACGCAUGCGAAAUACCCGUUCCCGGUGGAACGGCAGCCGCUGAAGAGCAUUAUAUUUCUGCAUCAGUCGCUUGUUGGCUUCCAGGCCUCCGCGGGCAUGGCGAUCGACGCUCAAGUUGCCCUUCUUCUGCGAUACGUGUCGGCCAGGUACGAGCUUUUAACGAUCCUGUUGCGGGAGGUCAAGUCGGACGGAGAGCUCAACGACUGGAUAAGAAAGCACGUUGAACUUUUGAGGUACACGAAAGAAGUAUACAGUUCCGUCAGGAUAUUAGUCUUGGCAACAGUGGCGACGACAAACGUAGCCGUGAUUUUUGGCAGUUUGAACUUGGUCACGAGUCAACCGUUACCUUUGAAAGCUUUGUAUGCUCUAGUGGUGUUCAGCGCUAGCGUGGAAUUAUUCAUGUACGCUUGGCCAGCUGAUAAUCUAAUUCAAAUGAGUGAAAAAACUGCUGUGGCUGCUUACAAUACAAAUUGGAUCGAGAAGGACGUUCGAAUGCAGAGAAAGAUUGUUUGUAUCAUUCUGAGAUCCCAAAGACUGCAAGCCAUUCGAAUCAGCGGCAUUCUUCCGAAGCUUUCGUUGUCGUAUUACACGACGUACCUAUACACGUCGUUCUCCUAUUUCACCGCAGUGCGUAUCAUGGUUGGAAACACCAAUGUCGAUUGAAGCAUGACCUAACAGUAAUUUUUAGCGAUAACAGCAAGCAGAAGCACAUGGUCGAUAUCUUAAGAGGGGAUUUGAAAUGAAACUGUAAGUAACGUUGAGAAGAAAACGGCUCGAAAGCUAUGGUUAAACCUACAACAAUUGCUACAUAUUCCUUCGACUAA